AUGUGGGAGCGUACUCUCCAGGAUCUCAUCCGCGGUCUGCGAGCCAACAAAGAUGACGAAAUGAAAUUCAUAGCGCAGGCGAUAGAGGAAAUCAGGAAGGAAGUCAAAAGCAAAGAUAUGGAACUCAAAGCAGGAGCCAUUUUGAAGCUUACAUACCUCGACAUGCUGGGAUAUGACAUGGGCUGGGCCUCGUUCCACGUCGUUGAAGUGAUGUCUUCACCCAAAAUCCAUCUCAAGAGCGUUGGAUAUCUUGCAGCAACACAAACGUUCGACGAGGAUACAGAUGUUCUUAUGCUGACUACAAACUUGCUAAAGAAGGAUUUGACCUCCAAUCCUGCAGACGUGGCUGUGACCUUGAAUGGAGUGUCGCAUAUAGUCACCACCGACUUAGCUCGGGAUCUUAGUCCUGAACUUAUCGCGAUGCUCAAUCAUUCCCGCCCACACAUCCGGAAGAGAGCUGUGUUGGCGAUGUACAAAGUCUUCGAUAAAUACCCAGAAGCUAUCCGUCAUGGUAUUGGCCGACUGCAGGAGAAGCUUGAGGACACAGACUCAGGUGUGAUCGCGGCUACGGUCAAUGUACUCUGUGAACUUGCUAGACGGAAUCCCCAAGAUUAUCUUCCAUUGGCGCCUCAGUUAUUCCACUUACUUACUACGUCGUCAAACAACUGGAUGCUUAUCAAACUGAUCAAGCUAUUUGGUUCUUUGUCUCCUCAUGAACCUCGACUAGUGAAGAAACUCCAGCCGCCAAUUACAGAUCUUAUAUCUACUACAUCCGCCAUAUCACUACUGUAUGAAUGUGUUCAUACAUGUAUCAUAGGGGGGAUGUUACAGGGUGUCUCUGGUCAUGCAUUAGCUCAGACAUGUGUCUCAAAACUAGCUGCUUUUAUUCAAGACACGGAUCAGAACCUCAAGUAUAUCGCACUUAUGGCGAUGGUGAAGAUAGUGCCUACUCACCCUCAUCUCGUUGCGGAGUACCAAGAUACUAUACUUGCCAGCGUUGAUGACGAAGACAUCAGCAUCCGAAUGAGGGCUCUGGAUCUUGUAUCAGCAAUGGUUAACCGAUCCAAUCUACAAUCUAUCGUACAACAACUUCUUUCGCAUUUGGUCAAAUCAGAUACAUCGACACUGCCGUCAGCUGUCCAAUCACUAUCCCAAAGCGUCAAUUCUGCACCGUCCACCAAACCUCUCAUAUCUCCUUCGCAAUCACCUGCGUAUCGCCUUGUUUUAUCCCAACGAAUAUUAAGCAUCUGUUCUCAAUCGACAUACGACAAUAUCGUUGACUUCGAGUGGUACCUCUCUGUGCUUGUGGAUUUGGCGUAUAUCUCUAAUUCUGAUGUUGGACUACACAUUCGAGACCAGUUGAUCGAUGUUGUUACUCGUGUGAAGGCGGCGAGAGGCUACGCGGUUCAGCUCAUGGUCAAGCUCAUUAGUGAUUCCACCUUCCUACUGAAUGCAACAGAACAAGGGAGUUGCUCUGAAGUUUUAUGGGCAGCGGCAUAUAUAUGCGGGGAAUACUGCCAUGAACUCAACGAACCACAGAGCGUUCUUCCUCAUCUUCUGCGACCUGAGGCCAUAAAUCUCAGUUCAGACAUAUUAACCGUUUAUAUACAAGCGACGGCUAAGGUCUUUGGAGUCUGGGCUGCAGAGUUAGCUCAACGGUGGAUUGACGACUACCUAACAAAGGUGAAAACCACCGUGGACGAGAUUAUCGAGCGCAUGAAUCAACUUGCCGCAAGUCCAUACAUCGAGGUGCAAGAGAGGGCUGCCAACGUACUGCAGUUGUUUGCGUUCAUCAAAAGGGACGUUACUACCUUCCAGCCUAAACCUGAAUCCGCUCUCGGCUUCUCGGAGGCUGGCACUUCUGUCUUCGAUCCUGUCGCUGACCCAACCUUCCCAAAAAGCUUGUACCUCAUUCAACCUAUGUUUUCAUCUUAUGAAUUGAACCCAGUUGCGCCUAUUGCACAAGCCAGUGUACCAGUACCAGAUGGACUCAAACUUGACGCUUGGAUCGUACCUUCUCAGGAGCAUGCAGCGAAAGUGCAGCUCGAAGAUGAGAGCAGUGUGGUGGAAAGGAAGUCCAAGAAAAGCAAGAAAGGGAAGGAAAAGGAAGUGGUGAAUGGCACGAAGGCGAAGAGUAGUAAAAAGAAACAAAAAGUUGAUACUCCUGCUGAGGUCCUUGCUGCCCCUACAGAAGUGGAAACUGCAGAGGAGAAAGCUCUCCGAGAAAAGCAAAAAGCAGAAAGAUUAGAGAGGAUGCGGGAUGACCCAUAUUAUAUCAUCGAUGACCAACCUCGGAAACCUACUCCUGAGGAUAUCGAUGCUAUACCAGUUGUUCGACUGGAUGAUCUACCGCCGCCUCCAGCCCAAGAAGAGCCUCGUCUACCUUCCCUUCGAAACCAACCACCGCGGUCGACGCCUUCAAGGUUCAUAGUUCAGAAGGACGGCGAAAUGCCACAAAGUGCUGUCGUAACUCCACAACCAUCUACACCUUCAUCUCGGAGACCAACGCCCAGUCCAUUCGACCGCCCAACGACACCACUGACUUCAUUUCAACCUUACGAAGUUCCAGAUGAGCCACGUGCCAGUACCCCAGACCCUAUCAAAGUCGUCCGCUCCAAGAAGAAAGGCACAAGCUCCGCGAAAAAGAAACGUACAAUCAAGCCAGAGAUACAGGCAGGAGACAAUGGUUCCGUGAUAAACGAGACACACUAGUUACAGUAGGCAAUAUACAUCCUAUUAAUGACUUCGACUACUAUACAGCUAUACAAGCGGACGAGAGAGCAAGAAGUUGCUACGAUAAGUUUGAGCAGACGUUUGGGAUACAUGCUUGCAGGACAAGUCAUGACAAAAGGAAGAGAUCUGGCGUGUGAAUGUCCUAGAAUAUUGCAAGGAAAGCAAGAAGGCCAUGAAAGAUCAAACUCUGGACACAGGACAACGUAUCAUCACCAUCACGAGAAAAUAAGAGCAUCACGGUAUACUCUUAGCGAUCAUCCUCAACACGUUCAACCGAGUCGACGAUCUCAUUUACUAACUCCAUAGUCACCCCGGGAAUAAUACGUUCUGCAUCUGUAAAUGCACGUUGCAGUGCGCUGAGAGCAACGCGGGCUUCCUGCGUGGAGACUCUAGGAAAUAGCAGGAUGACAGAAUCAAGCAUAGUGGUAUCCGGUAACUCUUCAUCUUGUGGCUCGGGUUCACGUUUCUCCUGAACAAUUGCUCCACGUGCCGGGUAUGUAUCCAGAUACUGAUCAUCAUAUUCCUCAAACUCGUCAGAAGGCUCCCUCUCAUGGUGCUUGUCGCCAUUAUCAAGCCCACCACUUCGCGAAUGCCUCACAGUAGCUUGCUCAUAUCUGCCGGACGCAUGGGACGGCGAAGGUAGUGGUGGAAGUUCAUCCUUGAUAGCUGAUGUUAUAGAGGAUCCUGAUCCUCUUUUCGUUGAACUUGUUGAGGCUGUCGAGCUACCGGAACGAGUUGUUCCAUUCAUUUCCCACGUAAGAGGUGGUCCAGAGACCUUGAUAGAACUCUGCGUGCGCCCCACUGUACCCGGCCG